AUGUCUGCAAUGUCUCUGUUAUUGUUUUUGAUUUUGUUACAUCAAGUUCAAAGUGUUGACAAGGUGAUCUCAUUGACAAACAUCGAUGCCUCCUAUGUGAUUUCCGGUUACCUAUUCCAGACAUACACAAAUAUCAUCGUCGAGAACAAGGAUAAUUCGCGCGGAUUGAUUUGGGUGAUUUCAACAGCAAUCGGUGCCACACAACCACAAGCUCGAAUUGUUGACGAAACGGGAAACUAUUCGUUUGUUUUAUCUACUAGCAGUCCCCGCUUCGGCUAUUUUGGCCCAGGAAAGUUGACUCUUUCUUUGGGAGCUGAUCGAAAUCGCAAUUUCGUCAUUCACUUUUUGCGAACUGAUGAGACAAAGCGAAACGCUGUCUUUCCAUACGACACUGGGAUCACUUCUGUUUCCGCUAAUAGCAAAACAAUGGGAGUCAUGGCGAGCGAUAGUGGACCAAUGAUGUAUACGUUUGUCUCUUCUGAUUUCACUGCUUUUUCCUCAAAUGGAGUGCUUGGUCGGAGAGGGCUCAGACGAGAUUCGGUCGCAAGAUACAGAACGAGCUACUAUAUCUAUGGCUAUGGAGUGACAUUCUUAGUGCCGGCUGGAUGUGAUGCUGGCUAUGCGUGCAUGGGAAGCAAUGAGACAAGACCCGACGAGAAUUCGAUGGGUUUCUUCAUGAGUUCCCAGUAUCCCGGUGUUUUCAAUACGGAAUGGUCUGGGACGAUUUUAACAUCGCAACUCCAAUCGUGGACUUCUCCAUCGAAUAUCACUUUCACUGUGCAAUCGGUGGACCCAGGAAAAACUGGCUAUUUGGCGAUCACACUCGGACAAUCAGCGACGGGCGAACUAAAGAAUUUUACCGAGAUAACGACCACACCAACCACACUUUCAAGCGUCGCUAAUCGAUUUAUGAUUUCCUGGCAACCAUCGGAUGAUGUGAAGUACGGUUAUUUGGCCAGAUGGUCGACCUAUUUAGCCAACUCACCAACAGUGAACGGUGGAGGGAGCGUGGCCGACGAUGAUGUGAGCGUCGAAGAAUACAGCUAUGAAGAUGAAGACGAAGAGGAGUGGUCAUAUUAUGAAGAGACAGAAGAGGAAGAGGAGGAGCCCCAGCUUCAAGCGGCAUUUCCAAAACCAAAAGAUGAUAAGAAAGAUGAUAAGAAAGAUGAUAAGAAAGACGAGAAAAAGGAGGAGAAAAAGCCUGAUGAGCCGGCAACUUCGGUUACUUUUAGUUUGCCAAAGUUGAAAGCCGAGCCACCUCCAAAGAAACCCGAAUCUGACGAGGAAAGCUAUGAUGAGGAUGAGGAUGAGGAGUGGUCUGAUGAGGAAUGGUCCGAGUACAGUGAUGAGGAAUCGGAGAUGGAAGUGGAACCAGUCGGCGACACGGGAAAACUCGAUGAGAAGAAAUUCCCGAAGUUGAAAACAGAAGAACCAGAAACUGCUCAAAAGAAAGAUGAGCCAAAGAAACCCGUUCCAAAACUGAAACAACAAGAUUCUGAGCCUGAAGUGGAGGCAGCUUUCGCAUUGCCGAAAAAGGUUGAUGAAAAGAAGCCAAAGUUGAAGAUUGAUGAAGAACCGGAGAGCUCAUUCACUUUACCAAUUGGUAAAAAGCCUCCAAUAAAACGACAUGCGACUGAGGAAGAGGAGUUGCCUUGUGAAGAAAUUGGAGAACCACAAAAGAAGAAAGAUCCAAAGAUUUCUCUGAAAGAAGUGCCGAAAAAAGCGGAACCAACUUUGAAAAGAAAACCGGAAGAAGAGAAAGAAACACCACCUACAAAAAAAGCUGAAGUGGACAAGCCAGUGGACAAGCCAGUGGACAAGCCAGUGGACAAGCCAGUGGACAAGCCAGUGGACAAGCCAGUGGCUAAGCCAGUUGAGCCAGCUAAGAAACCUGGAGUUACAGCUGGAAAAAGACCGGCCAUUGAUGACGAGGUACCAUGUGAAGAGAUUGGGAAGCCAGCUGCAAAAAAAGACCCAAAGAUUGCUUUCAAAGAGCCGGAAAAGCCUCCAGCUAAACCAGCUGAUGCAAAGAAACUGGAGACGAAAAAACCUGAACCUUUGAAGAUCCCUGAUAAAGUUUCCACAAAACCAAAAGAGCCUGCAAAAGCUGAAGAAGCACCGAAAAGUCCUCCAAUGGUAUUUUAUGGAGAAAGCUUUACUUUGGCUGAACCAAAGAAGCCUGCUGCAAAGCCGGAUCCUAAAAAGGAACCAGUAAAGGAUAAAAAAGAGCCACUAAAGCCUCCAGCUAAGUCAGCUCCAGCUCCAGGUGAUAAAGAGUUGCCUGCUGAACAAGCGGGGAAGCCAGAUUCAAAAAAAGAUCCCAAAAUUUCUUUCAAAGAACCAGAGAAGCCGAAAGAGGCUGUAAAACCAACUGCUACAAAGCCUACUCCAACCAAACCUGUUGGAAAACCGCCUGGUUUUGAUGAAGAGUUGCCGUGUGAAGAGCUUGGUGGGCCGACUCCAAAGAAAGAUCCUAAGCUGAGUUUUAAAGAUCCAGUCAAGCCGACAGCAACACCUGCACCUGAUCCAAAAGCUGAUACUCUUGCUACAAAACCUGGAGAUAAGCCAAAGAGUAUUAUACCGGUUAAGCUAGCUACACCGGCACAGAAAACACCUUUGAAACCUGGUGAAGAUGAGGAGUUACCAUCUGAAGAUUUAGGUGGGCCUUCUGCUAAGAAAGAUCCAAAGAUCAAUUUUAAAGAACCAGUCAAACCAGUGGAUCUAAAGAAACCAGCUUCUAAGCCAGUUGAGCCAGCUUCUAAGCCUUUAACACCAGCAAAGCCUGCUACAAAAGCUUUGGAGCCAACUUCUGCAAAGCCUGGAGAGCCAGCGAAAGUUAAACCUUUACUCAAGAAACCUGAUGAUGACGAAGAGUUGCCAUGUGAAGAUCUUGGAGCGCCAGCACUUGCAAAGAAGCCAACUCCGACUUUCAAAACACCACAAAAGACUGAACCAGUCAAGAAAUCGGAUGAACCGUUAGCUAAACCAACAGCGGCUAAACCUAUUCCAAAACUGAAGUUGCCAGUGACCAAGGCUCCGGCUAAACCAAUAACAGCUCCAAAGAAGCCUGGCGAUUCUGAAGGUCCGGCUGAUUUGUUGGGAGGACCAGAUAAAAAGAAGUCUAUUCCGAAAUUCAAAGAGCCUACUGAUGAGCCAAAAUCAACUACUCCAGCAAAACCGACAACAACCCCUGCUCCGGCUAAACCAGCAGCUACUCCUGUUACACCGGCUGCAACAGCCCCCGCAAAGCCAGCUGCAACAACUCCUGCAAAGCCAGCUGCAAAAGCGCCACUUAAACCUAUACCGACUUCAGAUGAUGAAGAGCCAGCUGAAGAAGUGUCUCUACCGUUGCCAAAAAAGCCAGUGGCCAAAGCACCAGUCAAGCCAAUUACUGCACCGAAAAAGCCAGGAGACACGGAUGAUCCGGCUGAUUUGUUGGGAGGGCCAGAGAAAAAGAAGCCGGUACCUAAGUUUAAAGAUCCCACAGAUGAAGAACCGAAAAAGCCUGCAGAGGCUAAGCCAACUACACCAGCUAAACCAGCUGCCACACCGGCUAAACCAGCUGCUGCGCCUGUUAAACCAGCAACUACCCCAGCAAAGCCAGCUACAAAAGCGCCACUUAAACCCAUACCAACUUCUGAUGAUGAGGAACCGGCUGAAGAGAUUUCUCUUCCAUUGCCGAAGAAACCAGUUGCUCCAGUGACCAAGGCUCCCACUAAACCAACAACAGCUCCAAAAAAGCCUGGCGAUUCGGAAGAUCCGGCUGAUUUGUUAGGUGGACCAGAUAAAAAGAAGCCUGUUCCGAAAUUCAAAGAACCUACUGAUGAGCCAAAAUCAACUACUCCAGCAAAACCAACAACAACUCCAGCUCCGGCUAAACCAGCAGCUACUCUUGUUAAACCACCUGCAACAACUCCAGCAAAACCAGCUACAAAAGCGCCACUUAAACCUAUACCAACUUCCGAUGAUGAAGAACCGGCUGAAGAGAUUUCUCUUCCAUUACCAAAGAAACCGGUUGCCCCUGUAACUAAAGAACCAGCUAAGCCAACAACACCAGCCAAACCGGCAACUACUCCAGCAACGAAAGUACCUACCACUCCUGCUAAACCGGCAGCGACUCCAGCUCUAGCUCCACCAGCUAAACCGGCGGCUGCACCAGCUAAACCAACAACCCCGGCAGCUAAACCUCCGCUAAAACUAAAACCGACUUCUGAUGAUGAGGAACCGGCUGAAGAGAUUUCUCUUCCAUUGCCGAAGAAACCAGUUGCUCCAGUGACCAAGGCUCCCGCUAAACCAACAACAGCUCCAAAAAAGCCUGGCGAUUCGGAAGAUCCGGCUGAUUUGUUGGGAGGACCAGAUAAAAAGAAGCCUGAACCAAAGAAAUUGAAAUGGUGUCCACCACCAAAAGCUCCACUAGAAGCUAUCCCAUUGAGCACCGAACCACCGGAAAAAACGAUUGUCGAGAAGAAUAAGGAACCCGAUGCAGAACGACCAACAAAGAGAUAUUUGAAGAGACCAAAACAUACACCAGUAAACAUUCCAGUCUCUGGAAUGGGCGCUUUCGGACAUCCACGACCAGAGAAUGCUAAAGUCGAUCAUGGAGCAAAGCCACUUGUACAAGGUCCACUAAACACCGGAACGGUGUUGCCGAUGUGGAACGAUGAGACAAAGUGUGCGAAUAGGAAAGGGGAUAAACCGUUUGGACAACUCGUGGAAAUGUUGAUGACAUUGUGGACAAUCACAAGUAUCAAACGAGUCCGGAGAAGU